CGCAAUGCAUCAGACGUAGUCUCUCAAUCUCUCUCUCUCUCUCUCUCUCUCUCUCUCUCUCUCUCUCUCUCUCUGGGCUCAUUCGGCUGGACUUUACUGGGCACAGGAUGGCUUUGCAGCUGGUGAACAGAUAACCUGCUUUCUUUCUUUCUUUCUUCUCGUAGCAGCACCUGCGUGACUGAGACUGACUGCACUGUCCCCGCCAACACGCAGCGGACUUUACUCGCUCCUUCUGUUUCAUCUUUCCUUUCAGAGGACAAAAAGAGGAGAGGAAAGGGCAGAGAGGACAGGAGCGCGUGAGCUUACUGCCCCCCCCCCCAAAACAUAGCGCCUCGUGCGAUGCGCUAAACGCGCAGCAGAGGAAUCGUUUGCAUGAAUUGGUCUUUUUAAGGAGCUGGUUGGUCCUCCUUCACUUCUAACAAGAAUAUGACGUCUAAGAUCUCAGGACUGUCCGUCUCAGGUUAAAGUAGUUCAUUGAUCGCCUGCUUGCAGUCCAGCUGCCAGAGGCUUCCUCUGCAGGGCUCAUGGGGGUUUGUUUCUGAGGCGAAAAGGAGCAAUAAAGAGUUGGGAAAAGUGCACUUGUGCACUUUUGCUAUGCACCUAGAGCCAAAGAAUCGAGGAAGGAGCUGCAGUGCAGCUCAGCUGCUGUGUGCUUGGCACGUUUUAGUCUUCCACUAAGCUGCCCGGGGCCUUGAAGCACUACUUCAGACGACGCACUGUAACCUAAAGCCGCACCGUCGCUGAUUCAGAGGCCUAGAGCCUGACAGAAGUCUUCCGCAGAUCCUUACGUAGCAGCGAGAGUGGUGAAAGUCCCACUAGAUUAACAGACCGAGGGCUCAGGAGGCCUCAGUUGUUCCAGAGAUAGACUAGACUGGUGGACCCGAGACAGAGAAGACAUCUCUUCUGUCUGCUUGCUGCUAAAGCCACAGUGCUGCUGACCCUGUGGAGACUCAGAGGUGGUCUUGCCUAGUCGUACACACAAGAAAAACGAGUGAAGUCAUCAGCAGCCAGAGGCCAAUCCGUUCUUCCCGCAGCCAGGAUGGAACGCACGGCGCAUCACUUCCUGUCUGCCAGGUGCUUCUUGUUCCUGUGUGCGCUCUGUGCUCUGUGUGUGUCCAUGAGUGACGGAGCGUGUGCUGAGGUGGACUCGGACACAGAUGCCGUGGUGGGCCAGGACUUUAAGCUGGGCUGCAUCUCCUGUAAGGUGAGACAAGAGGUGGAGGCCUCAGCAACGGUCGAUUGGUACUUCAAAGCCAGAGGAGAGACCGAAUUCGCACACAUCUACUCCUAUGCUGAUGAAGUGCCUACCAUAAUAGACGAGCGUUUUGAGGGUCGUGUGAACUGGACUGGCAGCCCUAAGACCACUGACCUGCAGGACGCUUCCAUCUACCUCUUAAACGUUAACUUCAAUGAUUCGGGGGUUUACCGUUGUUUCUUCAGCCGGACCCUCACCUACAUGUACUACGAGUACCCGGCCACAGCCUCCAAGUUGAUUCACCUUAACGUGAUGGCCAAAGCGGCACGCGGCACGGCCUCCAUUGUUUCAGAGGUAAUGAUGUACGUGUCGAUCAUCGGGCUGCAGCUGUGGCUGCUGGUGGAAAUGAUUUACUGCUACAGAAAGAUCGCCGCGGCCGGUGACGAGGCGCUCAGAGCCAGCGCUGCGGAGUAUUUAGCAAUAGCGUCGGAGAGCAAAGAAAACUGCACAGGAGUGCAGGUGGCAGGAUAACAGAGGUUCUUCCAGCGCUGCCCAUAUGUGUUGCCACACUCCGGUCUUCCACAUCCUCUCCACUCCAUUCACAAACGUCCAGGAAGCCCCCAUUUUUAUACAGCCUACUUCUUACCCGGUCCAGGACUGUCACAGAGAAACGUCUCCCAGCUUUCUGUCCUGUAGCGUGUCUGCACCACUUAGAGCUGCCUCUGCUCCAACACUCGAGUCGAAUAGUGUCUUAGAGCACGGAAACAGCUCAGGCCUGUGCUGUGUAGCAGUUUCGCAGGAUGGAUGAUUGGAAAAUGUGGACUUAUAGGACUAAAACUUCCAGUUUGCAUGAGUUUAAUAAUAAUCAUAGCAUGACUCAAGCAUCCCUCCUCCUAACCAAGUAUAUGCUAUACCUCAUAUAUAUAUAUAUAUAUAUAUAUAUAUAUAUAUAUAUAUAUAUAUAUAUAUAUAUAGGCUUUGUUAUGGAAACAUGCUUCCUCUGCCUACUGUGUGUACCCCAGCAUUGGAAAAAGAAAAAAAAUCAUGCAAAUAUUGCAAUACUCUCACAUUGCACUAGAGGUCAGUAAGGAGCAGUGAAUUCUGCAUAGUCCUGCUCACUUUUCAGGGCCAUAUUUACCAUGGUGGUGUAUGCCAAACACCAUGUGAUGCUAUGGGUGCAUGUGCAAGCAGCCAGUGCUACAUUGAUAUGCUGGGAGAACAGUUGGCUACAGUGCUAGUUUGAGCCGUUCUGUUCCUGUCUUUCAAGGAUGGAGCUUCGUAGACCACCACCUCAGAACGCGAGGCUCAGUGCUUGAGUGGGCCUGGCCAAUUUCUACCUACAAACCUGUUUUCAAGCUUCAGUUGAACUUGCGGCUGUUGGCGGCUAUCUCCAAGGGGGUUUAUGAGCUUACUUGUUCAAUCAAGGGAGUCUCUGGGCCACUUUUCCCAAACUAAGUCUAAGUCUAGACUCAAAAGAAUUUCCAGUGGUAAUUGAGUGCCAUUUAGUCCUAAGGCUAGGCUUAACCCACGUCUGGGAAAUCGACCCUAUAAGUUUAGGCAUAAGUGGAUAGUUCAUAUUAUCAACGACUACUAAAUGUGUAUUAGUGAAUGUAUUAACUUUAUAAGAAUGUCACUAGGGAACCAGCACCGAACGGCUCCACUCAGCGGUAGAUUACCUCCUGCUAAAAAUGCAAUAUGAGUAAAAUAGUCCUAGGACUGUCUUAGAGCCCAAGUUUCUGCACUUUAGUCUUUUCAGUGAAUGCAUGAUCAAUCAGCAACUAAGCAAUGCAAAUAUGUUAGAAACUUAAAGCCUACUACUGCUACUUCAUCACAAUACUCGCUUACAUUUUUAGGACAAAAUAAGAUAAUGCAUCUUAUUAAAUAAUGAAUAUAUAAAUGAUAUAAGCUGUGAAGGAAAAUACUCGGGGGCAGAAUUUAUGUCAAUUAAAUAACUGAAACAACGUCA